AUGGCGUGCCACGACCGAUACUCUAUAGUAUCUGUUUCAAACCUUGAUUCAGCUUCCAAGUGGGACGAUUUCACACAGACGCUGUCGAAGAGAUUGUUGAAUCCUGCUGCUGGAACCAUUGUUGUCGACUAUCGGCCUUUUGCGGGAGAGGAGGAAAAGAUGGCGACGAGCGUGGUGACGACUUCGAUUAGCAGUAAUCAUUCGCUGCCGACCAAGAGGGGCCGAGAAGGAAGAUCGUCUGGCAAGUUGAAAGCGGCUUGUAUGCGGGUCUUGGACACGCUGGUUCACGGUCUCGUACCUACACAUAAUCGGUCUAGUCGCCCGAAGGAGUGUCCCCCCUACCAACAACUGCCGGCUUCCUAUUCCACGGCUGUCAUUGUGCAGCCACGACAAGACACUGCCUUCGACGACGGAGAGUUCGUCUUUCCUCUGAGGAGAUCAUCAACGAUUCGCGACUAUCCCAAAGGCGGACAUGGAGCUGUUGAAACCGUCGGUAGCCACGUUCGCCAUGAUUCCGGUAUCGAGUUGGAAGAAUGCGACAGCCCCGACCCACCGACAUUGUCCAAGUUCCAUCUUUUACCGGACCCGAGAGAAGAUUUUGAAGAGUUCGACGAGGCAUUCUCCAUCUGUAGCUCGAUUGAAUCCCUCGAAGCCGACUUCGAAAAACACUCGCGGGACUCCGGCGCGGAGAUGGGCGAGAAAUUGAUGGUAGCGCAGGUUGUGCAGCUCCGUAGAGCGGCGCGAAAGAGCGUGUAUCCUCAGCGGUCGCCUUCCAUGCCCACACGGGAUGCACCACAGCCACCAAGUGGAUAUUUUUGA